CCUGGUAAGAAUUUCACUGAAGAUGAAGAUUUUACUCAUUGUGCUGGUGUUAUUAGAUAUCCCUCCUCUGAAAGGGCAGCAGAGGAUCAAGGAGUCUGAACACAUUCUGCUGAAAUUCGCCUUCCCUUCUUUUUACAACAGUUACAGUAAGUCGUGCUGCAAACUGUAUCCAGGAGGAUGUUACAAGCUGCUGGACAGUACAGGAUAUACCUGCGACUUACUGAAAGGAAGAGUGACGAAAAUGGAGAACAACGGAUGGAUAGAGUUUAAAAUAUCCAAUGUGCAGUUUGUGGAUGGAGGAUAUUACAGAUGUAUUGUGCUUGGAGCUGAUAACCGCAUCUACAGAGAUUACUUUGUGGAAGUAUUUGAAGUUUCAGGUCACCCCAGCCGAUCUCAACCUUCAACAAUGACAACCAUGAAAACUCCAAACACUACCACAUCUCUCCCAGAAUCCACUGGGCCUGUUCUGGCACAGGAUCACAGUGACAGUCCCAGAGCUCUUUGGGGUUUUAGCCUGCCACUGGUUGUCAUUGUGUCCAUUACAGUGAUGCUCUUCAUCACUUCAGUCAUUGGUGUGGUUUUCUGCAGGGUUAAGGCUAAACAAAAACAGUCUGACAAAUAUGGAGACACUCCACAUGAGUCAUUCAAACAAGAGGCCUCGGACACCAGUGGCAUUGUCUACACCACAGUGGACUUCAAAGCUCACCAGAAACCAACAGAGGUGUACGCAAACCUGAAGACACACAAAACCCAGUCAAGAGCCCCUGAUUCCACCUGGAGUGCAGAGCAUGGUGGGAUGGUGGAGUACUCAACACUAGCAGUACACCAGUAAAACUUGGACAGACAACUGCACUGACUCAGGCAUCAAAUACGGUAUAGUCCUCAAGAAGUAUUUAGGGACAGUCACAGGUAACCAUUGAAACCUGAUGUGAACUUGAACCGUUUGGGCUGUGUUGUAACAAAUUGCUGGUAGCUUUCAUUGUAUUUCAAUAUUGCACAUUCAAAUUUUAAUUACAUUCUUACUUUUCAAUGUGAAGUUAGACAAAUAUAUUU